ACUGUCUUGAGUUCGCUUGAACACAUGGAUAGUAUAUUUAUCUGUAUAUAAUGAUAGUGGUGACUCUACAGUGUGGAGUAUUACAUAGUGUGCUGAGUUUGCCAGUUGGUCCUGAUUAGGAACUGGGCUCCUUGUUGUCAGAUAUCCUGAGCCAAGUGUGGCAUGGUACUGCUUGACUCGAGUCCAUGAAGCUUGAACAAUGCCGUACAGAAAGGAGAUAUCUUACUGGAGUCUGCCGACAUGUCCAGCAGACAUUCAGAGAAGACACUUUGACUUAUAUUCCAAGCGGUCAAAAGAUGUAGACAAUAAAAGGCUGAAAAGAGGGGAGCACAGUGCUGGUCAAGAAGAAACUGAGAUAAAGCGCUGCUAUGGGGGUGAGGAAAAUGAAGAAAAGGUGGAUCCGUCCAAAGAUGACAAGCUUCCUAGAAUAAUACCUCAGACGCCAUCCUCUGCAUUUGAGAAGAGUAGCAAGAGUGAAAAUGAUAAUGUCCAAGUCAAAGCAGUGACCGACAACAAGAAGGCUGAAGACACGAACAGAAUGGCUGCUCAUGUCAAGGGCAAUCCUUUAUGCAAUGAGGAAGAUUCUCAGGAUACUAACAGUCACAUGGAGGUUACACCCCAGUCUGUGUUGAGAAAUCAGUUUAAUAACUUGGAUGAAAGCCCCACCACUGACAUCAGAAACGAGGAGGACAAACUUACGACUGGGGUCCUGAACAUCUACAAUGUUAUUGCUUCUGCUCUUCCCAAAGGCAACUUCUUGAACCAUUAUGUCACACAGCAGAACAUGAGAAAUCCUCAACAGCGGAGGAAGAACUUGCAGAAGCAUGUGUCUGACGUCCCUGAACAGCCUGAGAAGCAUCUCUACUGCGGAGGAGGGAGUUGAUGAGAAGUGUCUGAACAACUCAUUGGUUAGUCUGUACCAGAAGCUCCACUCCAAGCUAACUUCACAACAGUUGAAGAAAGUCAUGGAAGCCAUUGGAAUGGAAGGGAAGCAACGCAUGCAGGACUCCAAUAUCCUGUCAAAGGGAGGCGACUCUGACUUGAAGGAAGGAGGUAGGAAGGUCUGUAAAGAGAAGAAUCUUUGUGACAUCUGUCAUGGGUCUGGUACAGUGAUCUGUGAUGAGCGUAAGGAAAUGGUGGCUGUUGAUGUCUUGGAGAAGAAUUGUGAAGAUACGGAAGUGUCCUUUGCAGAGAAAUAUAAGUUAAGAGAGAAGAAUUCUAGACAGGGUUUCUUUGUGGCCAGUGAAGAUCAAGAGGAGGAAGUACUUGACAAAGGUGAUACCAUGCAACCAGGCAAUGGAACAGAAACAAGUGAGUCAAGUUUGGAGGAAGUAGUUGAGGAAACAUCUUGUGAAGACACCGAAGACUCUUUUGAUACAGCUGAUAAGGCAGUGGAUGAAUCUAUGGAAAAGAAUAUCUCGAAGGAUGCUAACAAGGAUGGCGAGGAGGGCUCUUUUGGAGGAGUUGAUGAAAUUCAGGAUGCCCCACUGCCAGAACAAGAAGAAGAUGAGAGAUCUCCUUUUCACAAGCAGCGUACCUUUCCAGGUCCAUCAGUUCAAGAAUUCCAGUUGUAUCAAUAUCUUCAGAAAAAGAAGAAGAUGAAGAGGUGGAACAAAGCGAAGAAAGCAGGCCUGGGAAAACCUGGUGGUUUUAAGAAACACUUCAGGAUUGACACAGAUGGCCCCGAAACAACCCCGGACACUUGUGUGGGAUCAGCAUCGCAGGCAGAUGAAUACAGAAGUGAGAAGCUGGAUGUACGAGCUGGGUAUUACAGAACGAGGUCGUGCAUGAAUACAGAAGGUGGGGGAGGUAACUCUUCCCUGGGAGGACAAAGUGGAAGCUCUGGAAGCUCUGGAAGUUCCUUGAACAGAAAUCGGCGAGGCAGUGGUCGGCGAGACUCUGAUGACAGCAACAACUCCAAUAAUCCUGAUAAUAAUAGAAGGGGUCAUGACCGACAGCCAGCCGACACCAGCCUGCCCCACCCUCAGCACCUCCUUGUGGAAGCUGACAUUCCCGGACAAGACUACAAGGCGGUCCGCAAAAAACAUGCCGAGAUGACUGAUGAAAAACUCAUUGACUUGCUUGGCUCAUUGAGCCCAGAUACAAGUCCAGGCAUGCAGGGAGAUCCUGGCUUGCUGAAAGACGUAAACCACUGCAUGCUGAUAGUUCUGCACGAACUUUCGAACCAGGAUGACAUCUAUUGCUCAGUGUGCAACGUCCUGCACUACCUCUUCAACCACUUCGCCAGGUGCCAGCUGCUGUACAAGAAGUGCAACAUCUGUUGGCAGGUGCACCGUCUCUCACUCUACCAUGUGCAGUGCUGUCUCCAGGCAAAGAAGAGUGCACGAGAAUCGUCGUCCGACAUCUGUCAGCAGCUCCUUGAAAGUGUGACCUUCAACAUCGAGCUGAUGCAGAGUAGAAGCGAACAACUAUUCUUGAAGAUGAAGAAGUAUGUUGAUAAGGUGCUCCAUCCUUAUGGUCUCCAUGGCAGCGGGUCUUUGGGGAUGUACAGUAUGUCUGAGAAAGGAGACGACUUUUCAAUGGGUUCAGAUCACAGUCUAACAGAAACUUUGACCUUGGAGGAUUCAUUGCCCUCGGGGUCAUCAGUUAAAGGUCCUCAAGUUCCAGUAGUACCAUCUGUGACUGCAUCCUCCUUUGGUGGCCAGUUCAGUCGGACGGGAUCUGGUCGAAUCUAUCAACCAUCUUUGAAAAGAAUUCCUGAAAGCCCACAACGGGAUAUAAGCUCACUGAAAGUGAAUUUGAAAACUAGAGGGCGAGGACGUGUCAGCAGACAGCUGUCAAAUGAGGCUCAUUCUGGUGUUUCAAGAUCCGCUCAGAAUUCAUUUGUUGGGUCGAAAUCAGAUGAUGGACCUAGCAUGGACUCUGUUAGACAUGCCAGAAAGACUGAUGUGCCUCAAGGAUCUAUUGGAGAACUGGCUGUCGAAGCCUACCUGUCACUGCCAACUGUUCCUACUGAGGGUGGCAGCAGUAGAUCUUCAUUGGGUCCUGUUGAUGACUCGUCGUUAGCGACGUCAAUCUCUUCAGGACAUGACGAGGGUCCGACUGCGGAGUACGUCAUCUAUCACACGUACAAACCGAUGAUGGACACCCAGGGGAACAUCUUCCAACCCGAAAAUCGAGCUUACAGCACUGAGGGGGAAGUUGACAAGAUCUAUGGUGUCACUGGAGCAAUGAGUCUGCCUAUCAGGUCCACAUUUCAGGGUGAACAUGACCAAAAUAUCUCCUUGACAAUGGCGCCAACGGGGGAGCCUGGGAUCGGUGAGGUUGUAUACGGAACCCGGCGACAGCUCAAGAAGGUGGCAAGGUUCUGGGCCAACAUCCGGGGACAGCUGGACCAUGAAUCCUACAAGUACCAGAUGCGAGAAGAAGGAGUUAUACUGGAAUCCGCCAAGAAGCACCUUCGAACCUUGCGGACUCGCUACCAGAAGCAUCAUCAGUGGAUGCGACUUGUACAUCUUGGGAAUGGCGUAGCGGGCAAGUGUCACCUGGCGAAAGAUUCAACCACAGGAUUCAACUUCUGUGUCAAAAGGGUUCACAUUGCCAAUUACGAAGAGAAUGAGCUGGUCAUUUGGUGUGACCUUGACAAUACCAACAUCGUCAAACUGUACGGCGCCAUCCGACAUGGUCCAAAAAUCUACAUCCUCUGUGAAUUUGUUGAUGGCGGCAGUCUGACGUCACUCAUCAAUGAGCAGCGGAGUCUCAACCGGCGCCUGAGUCACUGGAUGUGUCUGCGCUACUUCAAGCAGCUGCUGCAGGUGCUGGUGUAUCUGGAGGCGCGCAAUGUGCUUCACGAGGACCUCAAAGCGGACAACAUACUUGUGAAGCGAAACACGACCCUGAUAGCUGUCACCGACUUCGGACUGGGGAAGUACCUCAACGUUGACAGCGAGAUGAAGGGGAUGAGUCCCACAGGGAGCCAGACGCAGUGGAGCCCCGAGAAGGCCACCAGCAUCGGACACGGCUUUGCUGCGGACGUGUGGGCCGCCGUCUGCAUCCUCGUCCACAUGCUGAGUGGCCACCCUCCAUGGACACAGAGGUUUCCUGGAGCUCAGAUGCUGCAUUUUGUGAUCUUCAUGCAGUCGCCACCACUGGAUGACAUCCCUGCCAACGUCCAGGAAGUGGUACGGGAUCUCAUCACCCAGGGAUUCACAGUCGACCCCAAACUGAGACCCUCUGCAGCCAAGCUCCUGAAGCAUCCUGCUUUCAAGGUUCUAGAACAAGGAGCCCCAACCAGCUACUACUCCACCCUGAAGAGCACUGGGCAGCCUCUACCGGACAAUCAGCUGGGCCCCACCGAAGCAAGUGGACCUCAGGAACUGGAAGAGAUUCUGUCCCAGGUUGCUCCACAUGGCGCCAGGCAACCAUCACUGUCAGAGAGAAGACUGCCAUCUGUACAAUUCCGAGUCUCUGGUGAAGGAAGCAGUGGCUCAGAUCUAGCUUCAAGUUUAGCUAAGCACAACGAGGGGUCACUGCCCUCUUCCAGCUCUCAGCCUCAAGAUGAAAAUGAUGGCCCAAGACCAGUUGCUCCCAUGGCAGGAGCUGCCUCUGUGGUUCCUAUUGCAGGAGUUGGUUCUACUGGCAGGCACUCUAUCAGUACAGCUGAAGCUCCUGGUGCCCAAGAACAUCAUUCUGAAGAAGGCAAUGAAGCAUCAUCAGAGGAACAUCCACAGGAGCUGCGUAAACUGCCGACGCUCCUUCGUCCGGAGUUCCUUAGAUGACAUCCCCGAUGGUGUGCCAGGAGACACAUGGUCAUUCUCCCAGUUAUCCUUUGAAGAUACAGACCAGCAUAUUCACAGCUUCCUGAGUGAUGUUGUUCCGGUAGUUGAGUUUCUGCCCUCUUCACAAGC